AUGUCUGACGGCAGGCAGCGCGCUCUGUCCACCUCUGGAGAGUCUCUGUAUCACAUCGUGGGGCUGGAGAAAGGCUGCAGCCAUGACGACAUCAAGAAGUCGUACAGGAAGCUGGCGCUGCGGUACCACCCCGAUAAGAACCCGGACAACCCGGAGGCGGCGGAGAAGUUCAAGGAGCUGAACAGCGCCCACGCCGUCCUGAGUGACCUCACCAAGAGAAACAUCUACGAUUCAUAUGGCUCGCUGGGACUCUACGUGGCCCAGCAGUUUGGAGAGGACAACGUCAACACAUACUUCAUGCUGUCCACCUGGUGGGCCAAGGGUCUGUUCGUGCUCUGUGGGAUCAUCACCGGCUUUUACUGCUGUUGCUGUCUCUGCUGCUGCUGCAACUGCUGCUGCGGCAAACUGAAGCCGCCACCCACAGGAGAGGGGGCGGAGCCAGACUACGCCUCCCCAGACGACCUAGAGGAGGAGAUCCGCAACGAACCCGAAAAUGACAUCGAGGCUCCGAUAGUCCACCAGCCGACGAAUGCCAGCGAGAAAACUCAGCUGAUUGGCGAUGGCCACCGCAGGUACGGGGACACCUACACAUGAAGACGGGAAAUGCAUUACUCCGUCUACGACCGCAAGCUGUAGCCCGACCGUGAAGCGCGGCAGCAGGAAAGCUCCACCAGUU